UUUGUUCUUUCUCCUGUUCUCUUUCAGACACUAAACGCCGAGGCUAAGAGAUUGCUGCUGGUGCUGACAUGACAGGGCCUUGGUGUCCUGUACCAAACAAGCCCCACAGUGUUUCCAUCACAGUGUUACACUGCCCCAAAUAUUAAGUCUGUUGCAGGCGCAGGAUGUACAGUUUUAUGGGAGGAGGGCUAUUUUGUGCGGGAGUGGGGAAUAUACUCCUGAUUGUUUCCACAGCAACAGAUUAUUGGAUGCAGUAUUGUCACUCAAACAACUACAUGCACCAGGGCCUGUGGCGAUACUGCACACCUGGGAAAUGCUUCCCACACACGGACAGCAUCGCCUAUUGGGACACCACACGGGCAUUUAUGAUCUUAUCUCUACUGGCAUGUUUCAUUGGCGUCAUCGUCGGGAUCAUGGCCUUUAUCCGUCAUUCAACGUCCUUCGACUGGUUUGAUAAAACGUUUGCUGCAGGCACAGUGUUUUUCAUCUCAUGUUUAUUUGUGUUCCUGGCGAUGACAGUGUACACAGGGGUAACAGUACAUUACCCUGUACCCAGCUAUGGCAGCUGGCGUUUCUCCUGGUGCUACAUCAUUGGCUGGAUGGCAGUUGUACUCACUUUCUUUUCAGGUGUUUUCUAUAUGUGUUCCUAUCGGAUGGAUGUAAGCCCUAGAAGCCCGGCUACCCACUAG